AUGCACGAGCGUUCUCUUAGACCCCCGAAAAGCGCUCUCGGCCACGUUCAGCAGGCUCUUUACAUCCUCUAUGAUACAGCUGUCCUGGAGAAGGCCGUCUUUUAUUUCCUCAAGCCCUUGUCUGACGACAAAGCCAUUCGCGACUAUGCCUUCGCCGUAGUACUUCUUUAUCACACAGCGAGAAAGAUAAGAGGACUCUUUCCUCUCUGCCUCAUCGGGUCACUGGAGAUAACAAAUCGCCUUAGCCAAGCGUUUGGGCUAACGACUUGCUCUGAUCUCGAAGAGCUUUCUACCUGCUUUCCAGAUAAGAAGCUUUUCCUCGAGGUAGAUUGGUCAAGAAACAGUACGUUGGGAAGAAACUGGUUCCUAGAAAUGUUUUCAGCAACGACCGUGGCUGGGCCAUCACGAAAUAGCAUCAUGUAUGUGUACCUCUACAUAGCUGAUACCCAGCUUGACUCGCUCCAAUGCGCUCCGGAUUUCGAUUCUUUUAUCAGUGGAUGCACAGGUGAAGCUCAUACUGUCCCACAGCCCGCCAGGAAGCGCUUUACCGAACCUCCUGGUGAUUCGUUGAAGAUUAUGUCGUAUCUCACAAGUAGUCUAGAGAUAAACCCUCAUGCCCUGAGAAAUAUUACUUCAGCCUUUGCUGCGUUGCUUCGAGGACAUACGCUGCAGGCAAACAGUGAUUUUAGGGUCAAUUGCUCUCCAGAGUAUUUUGCCUCGGCGUCAAUUCAAGAUAAGUUAGCUUCGGUCAAGAUUAUCUUUAGAACUGAUAAAGGGGACGUGGUCCACAAGUCCUUUUGUCCAUCAACCUCUGUCCUGUCCGCUAUUGCUGCCUUUAUGGUUGGAGAAAAGCGCGUUCGCAACCUGCGUCGAGUAGCUGUGGCCUUUUCAGGAGGAAAAGACAGCCUCUGCCUUCUUCUUCACCUUUCCCUUUUGUCUCUAAUGGCCAGACGAGGAUUGCUCGACCCCAUCGGCCUAGGAGACCUGGGGGCGCUGGAAGUGACCCCUGUGACCUUCGACCCAAAGAUACCCGGCUUCAUCCUGGACACGAUACGGAGCCUCUGCCCGUGCGCGCUGUCGAUCGACGACGCCGCAGAGGGAGCCAUGACGUUCGAGCAGCAGGUGGUUGGGAUGGACGUCUCGGCCAAGAUCGCCCGCCUGGAUGCAUCGGGGCAGGAGGCCAGGAAGGCGUCUGCGUGCAGCGUCUGCUCUCGCUGCCGCCGCGGAACACUGGCGAGCUUUGUGUCCGCCGGCGGCUACGACGCCCUGGCCCUCGGCCACCACCUGCUGGACGACCUGGAGACCCUGGCGAUCACCGGGGUCCACGGGGCCUCCUUCUUCGGGCUCCGGGGGUACUACAACUGCGAGGUCAGGGACUUUGCCAGCAGGGCCAGGCAUCGAGUGUGCAUCCUGCGGCCCAUGCUGUCCGUCCACGUCAGCGAGAUCUCCCGGGUGGUGCUCCACAACGGCCUCUCCUGCGUCGCGUCGGAUGCCGCAGAGUGCAGCGUGUCGAUCUCGAAGACGGCGGACACCGAGCCCUUUCCGGGGGAGCGCUUGCGGGUGCGGAGGCUCCUCGGCUCCGUCGACAUCUCCGGGAUAUGCGCGUUCAGAGACAGGCACCGGCAGGCGAUAGCUCCGUUUACUGGGGAAUCAUAUUAG